GUAUACUGGCCUGGAGAACUCCAUGGACUCUAUAGUCCAUGGGGGUCCCAAAGAGUUGGACACAAGUGAGCGACUUUCACUCACCCACUCACUCACCUCUCUCACCCCUCUGCCUGAGCUCUCUACCAUCUGACCCACGACCACACAGAAGCUGACCAAGCUAGUUCCCGUCUUAGCCUUCGCUCUUCCCUCUGCCAGAGAAACCCUUCUCUUCCUCCUCUUCUCUUUCUUCCUGGCCAAUGCCUACCUAUCUUUCAGGCCUUGGCUUAGCACUCUCCUCCUUCAGGGAGGUUCUUUGAUCCUCAGACUAGGUCAGGUUCUGGGUUAGUCACCAGACUUCCUCUUUCACUUGACAUCUCACUUCCUGUGCUAAAGUAAGGCCACAUUGUUCAUUUCUGUUGCAGGGCCUUCUGUAGUGAUUGGUAAGUAGUAGGCGUUUGUUAGUGAUCAGUGAACGAAAGACCAUCUCCUUUCUCCAUUGGCAAAUCCUACUCCUUUUCCUAUUACAUUUCUACUAUAGCAUUCAACUCUGUGUUCUCUUGGAGACCCGUAACUUUACUGAGAUCAAAUGAUCCAUUGAGUUUUAGCUCAGGUCCUUCUCACAGUGGGCUCAGAGGGUCCCAAACCCAUCCUGUAGUUGUUUGCCCAGUUUCAGAAUGCAUAUCUGGAAUUGGCAUACUCAGCAAUGGAUGAACUCUCCACGUCAGUUGAAGGCAGGGCUGUAACUGGUUGGUGACCCCCAGGUCCCUGCACUGGGCAAGUGCAAGGACAGAGCACAAUAACUUACUCUGUUCUCUUAUAUUUGUCUGUUGGCAAUGACUUUUCUGCCUGUCCCCUCCUUUGUUGCUCCAGUCAGCUCUGGGAUGCAGCUGUGGUGAUGUGAAGGGUUCAGGACACAGAAUAGGAAUGGAGGUAUUCCAGAUUCAGGUGAUUUGUACUGUGUGAUCUUGGGCAAGUCAUUUCCCUAUCUAGACCUUAGCUGUUUCAUCUGAUACAUGGAGCCAAUAUUAUCUUUUCCAUAUACAGUAAGUCCCCUACAUGAGAACCUUCAAGUUGCGAACUUUCCACGAUGCAAACGUGUUCGUAUGUCCAGUCACGUGAGUUAGUCCACGUGUCUGGUGUACACUGUCAGUGCAUCCCCUAUGAGUGGUUGUGCUUUGGUGUCUUUUACUGUACAGUACUGUAUAGAGUACAGUAGGACAGUAUCUUUAUUUCAAGCCCAGGAUGCCCAGAAGCAAGUGUAAAAGCAGCAGCAGUGUAGCUGCUAAGAAGCACCAAGUGAUAACAGUGGAAACAAAAAUGAAAAUAAUUGAGAGAGCGGAGCAAAGUGAAAAGAUGGUAGAUGUCACUCAUUCUUAAAACAUGAAUCAUUCAACCAUCAGCAGGAUUCUAAAGAACAAGGACAAGAUCAUGGAACAUGUGAAGUGAAAUCUGCUGUGCCGAUGAUGUCAACAAUAGUGUCAGAGAAGCAUGGAAAAUUGCUGGAGGGGAUGGAGAAACUUCUCAGAGUGUGGAUGCAGGAUCAGCAUCAGUGUCAAAUCCGGCUCACCUUAAUGCUGAUUCAAGAGAAAGCUAAAAAGCCUUUAUGAAGGCUUGAAGAAGAAACAGGGCGAAGAAUCAGAGGGUGCAUCUUCAAUGCCAGCCAUGGUUCAAAGCUACAGUCAACCUUCACAAUGGAAAAGUGGCGAGGCCACGAGUGCAGAUAUAGUAGCUGCCUCGGAACUUCCUGAAACCCUUUGAGAAAUUAUCGUACUGUACUGUACUAAUGAAGACCUGAUGGAAUUGAAGGCCCAGAGGAAGGACGAAGAGAGACAAGAGGAAAAAGUAAAAGAAGAACUGAAGUGAUUCACAAUGAUGGAAAUGACAAGAUGAUUUUAUUUGAGGAGGCAGUUUUAGUUUUCGAGGCAUAGGACCUGAACGUAGAAUGGUACGUGAAUGUUGUUCAGGAUGCUAUCCAGCACUACUGGGUCAUCUAUAAUGAGAGAAAAAGAGCUACUGCCCAGUCCAUCACUGGACUUUUUUUUUUUUUUUUCCAAGAGGGUAGAUAGAAUUGAAUCCAGCAAGGAACCAGAACCUGUGCCAUCAACAUCAGGCAUGAAUGAAAUUGCAGCUUGCUCUCCGUCUCCUAUUGCUGACGACCCUUCAGUUCUACCAUCUCCCACCUCCUCUCCUUCCUCCAGUCAGUAACUCUUCCUGCCUGUUCACUGGAUGCCAGCCCCUGGAUGCCAGCUGCUGUACUGUACUUUUCAAGGAUUCGGGAGUGAGGGUGACCAGGAGAGCCCUUCACGAGAAAGGCCUGAAAACAGAGCCUCUCAGGCGGCUUCUUCCCAGAAGAGGCCUCCGGACAAACGCCCGGCCCAGUUCCGCGGGGCCGCCGCCGCCGGAGCCCAGAGCUCCCGGGGGAGGAAGCAAGGCCCCGAGGGCACCCCGGACGAUCCCCCAAGGGAAGGGGAGGUGAGCCGACUCCCCAGGCAAGGCGAGGCCCUGAGGCUUCCCUUGGCUGCCCCAAGAUCCAGCCACCCACCCGCUCCCCCCGAGGGCGCAGAGAGCUUCCCAGCUCCACGGCCACCGUGGGAUCAUCAGGGGCGCGCGGCCCCAGCCUGCCCCGAACCUAAGGUCACAGCACUCGUCUGGCUCACCACCGACACCCGCAUAGAGCAGGAUCGACAGCCCCCCAAGUGAGGGAAAGGCUCCAGGCACAAUCUGACCCCGUUGAGCGCCGGAGGACGCAUCGCAGCCGGAGUGAGGGCGGGGCGCCGGGCCUCCACCCCGGGAAGGGCAGCCCGGGACGCGCCCCCUCUGCUCCUGGAGACCACAUGCCCUCCCCACUCCCUCCCUCCGGCCUCCCCGGAGGCCAGGCUAGCGGGUGGGUUCAUCCAGCGCCCGAAGACCUGCAGCAAGACCUCCCCACGGGGCCAGCCUCCCCGCAGGAAACCGACCUGGGCGGGCGGGGAGCGCCCAAAGCUUCUGGCACAGCCCCAGCGGACCGGAAAAUCCCCACCUGGAGAAGGCCCGGGGCGAGGGAGCCUGGCUGCACUGCUGGCCCUGUCCUAGGAAAUGUCGACAUCUCCAGUUGAUUGAGGGCUUACCCCGUGCCAGGCCUUGUGAUUUAUGGGAAUGAUCUCAUUCAAUCCUCACCACAUCCCUGGGCCAUUGGUGUUCUCAUUAUCAGCAUUUUACAGAAGAAGAAACUAAGUCUCAGAGAGGUUAAGGCACCAGCUCAAAGUCACACAGCCAGAAUGUGGCCGAACCAGCAUUCAGACCCAGGUCUGCCUGCCUGACCCCACAGCCCGCCCAAGGGCACCGCUUCUCCUGUUGGCACAUGAGUGAGGGGCACUGGUCUGACAGGACAUCUGCUUGUGAAGCAUCCAUUUUUCUCCUGGUGAUUAUAUAAAACACUUUUUAUACUAAAGUGAGCAGAUACUCACUGGAAUGCAAGUGAACAUUUGCACCAGCAAUUGAGAUGCAACUUGUGACAUCAUAGGAAUUUUAUGCCAAGUCCAACGCUUCAAGCUCAGCCCCUGGCUACCUGAGGUGCC